AUGGUGAUCAUAGCAGGAAUCUUUGUGCUAUUUAGACUGGCUAUUCGAUAUUACCAUAGUCGCUUAGGAUCGGAUGAUUGGAUGAUUUUGGCAUCGUUGGUUUGCUCCGUUCUCCUUACUGUUACUGAAUGCUCAGCGGUGCACUAUGGUUACGGAAAACAUGCCAAAGACCUUUCGCAAUAUAAUCGAGAAACCGCCCUCAAGUGGUUCUUCGGCGCACAAAUCAUGUACAAGAUCGUCAUCGCCAUCAACAAACUCUCCUUCCUCUGUCUCUACCUCCGAAUCUUCCCGCAGCGUAUCUUCCGGUGGUCUUGCUAUAUCGGCUUUGGCUUAAUAACCGCAUGGGGUCUUGCAUAUCUCUUCGCUACCAUCUUCCAAUGCAAGCCCAUAGCUUCAUUUUGGGAUAUGGCCAUCAAGAACCCGCAAUGUCUGGAUAAAAAGGGUCUAUGGAUGUCAUAUUCCCUCAUCAAUAUCGGGUUUGACCUGGCAAUCAUUGCUUUGCCUAUAUAUCCGUUGAGUCGACUGCGGCUACAGCGCAUUAAGAAGAUUGGCCUUCUGGUGGUUUUUGGAAUGGGAGCAUUUGUAUGCGUGACAACAAUCGUUCGCACUACAACUCUCGUUCAAUCAGCCGAGGACUCAGAUCCAACCAGCGGCCCAAUUCCCGCAACGAUUUGGAGCGUGAUCGAAGCAAACACCGGUAUCAUAUGCACAUGUCUUCCGGUCUUUAGACGCCCACUACAAUUCCUUUUUCCCAAAUUCUUCGCCUCGCAGCCUAGUACUAAUCAUUACAAUCCAUAUGUGGGACGCCACACUCCGCAUCUCACCGCGUCCGAGCGCAAUCUCAAUGAUACCCAAAAUGGUGCUUGGCGGGAUGAUCAUUCUUCUAAGCAUGGAGGCUUACCGCUGGGAUAUCUAAAUCAACUUGAGCAGAGGUUAGCAGAAACCGAGUCCGCGCUGUACGGAGCUCUCAUGGCCCUCCGAUCAAUGGGAUCAUCAACAGCCGUACAAGCCUCAGCAAAGACCGACACAGCGCCGAAACACAAAGCAGCACGCAUGGAGGAGUGGUCCCAACUCCCACUCCGAGAGUGGCCGGACAUGGAACGUUGGAUGACGGUGAUGUCAGACCAAUUCAGCAUCGAGCAGCCAAGAGAAAGGAUUCCCGACACAUCAAGGGGCGGUUACGCAAUAUCUGUGACUCCUAUUGACGAUGAAACGCGUACUUCGGGGGUAUCUGAUGAGCCGUAUUCAGGGACCGUCCCGUAUGGAUGGCAGCCUGGGGGUAGCAGGAUCAGUACAGGGAGUCCGUAUGAUGCUCAUCAGCCGCGCCCGAGAACGAUAGCUUCCCCGGCUUAUUAUGGGCACCAGGUUGCGGUGGAGCCGGAUGUCCUGCCGUCUCCCUCAGCUGGGAGUACCCGGCAUGAGGUUGAUGAUGCUGUCGGUGUUUCUGUUGUGGAUCAUGCAAAUGCAGGAGCUGUUGUGGAGUCGCGAUCGACGAGGGCUGAAGAGCUGUCACACAAUAAUCCUAGUCUGUAUUUCUGA